AUGGAGAAGAUACGCAACUUUGACUUCGGCGCCUUAUUCGGUCUGGCGAAGACGCCAGAACAAAGAAACCGAGAGUGGCGGUUGCGAUUGAAAUCUAUGCAGCGACAAUUGGACGUGCAGAUUAGGGACAUCGAGCGUACGCGGAAGCAAACCGAGCGCGAGAUCAAGCGAUGCGCGUCGAGGAAUGACGCGCGAAGCGCGCGAGCGCUGGCGAAGGAGAUCGUGAGCGCACGCAGGGCGAUCUCAGAGCUGUACGUGAGCAAGGCGCGAAUGGCGAGCGUCGAGCGAGCGUUGACGAGACAGAGCGCGACAUCGAAGUCAAUCGACGUGAUAAAGACCUCGAGCGAGGUGUUGAAGGCGAUGAAUGAUUUGGUGCGAACGAGUGCGGUGCGAGAGGACGCCAGGGAGAUGGGACGGGAGAUGUGUCGAGCCGGAAUCAUCGAAGAGCUGGUAGAGGAUGCGAUGGACGAUUUAGUCAGCGACGACGAGGAAGAGACGGAGAACGCGAUCGAGGACAUCUUGAGAGAGAUCACGGGUGAGGUGGUCUUACCGGACGCGGGUAAGGAGACCGAGAAGAACGAGGUCAUGGCGAAAGAGACUUCAGAGGCGUCGCUUCCGGGCGAGACCACCACGGCGGACCUCAAGGCCCGGCUCGACGCGAUGCGCGAGGAAGCGGCGUGA